AUACAAUAUUACAAUAUUUUCGCGACCAGUUGCUGACUCUUUCUGUCUAGGGCCUACCUACUAGUCUACAUAAAUUCAUGUAAAGUCUUGCCCUUUCCCCCCUACACAUCCACCAUUACACAUCUAACAUUACAUCAUAACUUCCAGCAUCCCUCUUUAAUUCGCCAUUACCCUUUACCUAUCUUCAGAGACGACGUUGAAAAGCCCCAACGACAAGAUGAGUCAAGACAGCUUUACCUGGCAGGGACAGAGGUUAGUUAUAGUACCUCAAUAACAUCCUUGAUAGACACAAGAGCUAACAUAAUAUAGCAACCCUGAUUUCAAUCCCCGUGUUCCUACUCCGGGACCCAACGACAUGUAUGCCCAGUACGGCGGCGUUUCCGACCACUUGUCAAUUGGCCAGACAAGCGGCAUGGCAUACAACAAUGUCAGCAGCACGUCUGCUAUGACAACUCCUGGAGGAAUGGCUUCGGGAAUGGCGUCGGCGAGUCCUAUGUCGUCAAUGGGCCUUAUGACAUCCGUGCCCCAUCUGCCCCCUACCCCUCAGCCAUCAAUGUCGCCUAUCUCACCUCUCUCCCCGGCCAUGUUCGGGUCAAUGGCCGCUGCCCCUAUGGGCCAGGGCUACCAAGGCUGGGCAGGCAACAUGAACUUGGCCUUAGCCUAUGGCUCUCAUGUGACCAGUAAGUAACAAUGAAGAGUAAUGAAAUGUAUAAAUUUGCUAAUUCUUUUCAAAGACCAGAACACCCCUGGUAUGCCACUGGGCCCCCAAAGCCAAGGUAUGCCCCACCAAUAUCACAUUGGUCAGGCCCCAAUGUCUGCUCUGGCGCCCACUCCCGGAUCUGGCCCAAUGCCCGCGGCCAGCCGUCCCCUAAAUUCAAGACCGCCUACGGUUGAGCGCCGACCAGGCUUGGCCAACUCUUCCUCCGGAAGUGGCGCCGAUUCUGCUGCGUCCGGUCCGGAGCGGGACUCUGCUCACAGAGUCACGAAGAGACAGGGAAGGAAGAAGCAGACACGGGCCAACAAAGACGGAGAGGGCGACCUGUCAAUUUCGGAUUCUUCCAACCUGCAAUGGAGACCUGGUAUGAGGCAGAUAAAGAUCCUUGACUCAUGGUCCGAGGAAAGAAAGGAGGCGACACGCAUCAGGAACGAGUUGAUCUCGAGAUGCAAGGCCGAUCAUAUCAGAGACCAGAACAGAGUCUCGGCUCGUAAGAGCCGCCAGAAGAAGGAGGAUGCGCUGCAAACUGCUAGAAGUAAUGUGCAGAAGCUCCAAGAGCAAAAUGCGGCGCUAGCCCAGCAGGUCCAGGAACUUGCCACGAGAGUCAACAUCCAGCAGGAUGAAAUCGACAGCCGCGGCCAAACGAUCGCCAUGUUUGCCAGCGAAAAUGCGGCUCUCCAGGAGAGAAUCAACCUUCUGGAGAUGCAAAUCUUGGAGGGCGGCCAGGGCACACAGGGGUUCCCGGCAGAACAGAUACCUGGACAGAACCUCGCUCAGGUUCUACCUCCAUACUCUGGCCAAGUACAGAGUCAACUCCAAGGCUCCAUGUUCAUGCAGGACUCUGCACAGAACUUUACGCAGCGCCGCUCUAACACACCCAUCCAAGCCCAGGGUGAGGCCGCCUCGGAACAGGCUCAGGCUACUCCGUCUUCCCAGAGAGGCCUUGAGAUUCAAGAAGCCCCUCGAGGCGGAGAGCUAGAUCAAGGCCAAGAGGGAGAGGGAGCUGACACCAAUCCAGCAACCUCCGACCUGUCCCCGGUGAACACUUCUCAGUGCCAAGCCAGGCCAGGGGGCCAGGUCAAUGGCGAGAUAGCCGAUGCUGGAGACAUGCCUAUAUUUGAUUUCCAGGUACUUGAUGAUUUCUUGGAUGAUGCUGGCCAGGCAUAAAAACUUCCCGGUCCCGCCACUGCCGGUGAUUUGACAGGUUUCUUUUCGGAUAUUUCGGGGAGUUGGCGCUAUUCUAGUUAUUCUUUCUUGUAUCAUUGUUAUUUUCUUUUGUUCAGGAGUUGGUGGUUCAGGGUUAACGGCUUAUGAUAUGAUACCCAUUGAUGAAUGGAUGAGCCUAUGACGGGAGUUCAUGAGGCGCCUAAGGGAUAGGGGGGAUGCGAGGGGAACAAUGCCCUGGUUACUACUAUUAUUUCUUGUUUCUGUUCAUUAGGUUGAGAUUGGUACCGUUAUUAACAAGAGUAUUUCCUGUCAUGAUCGAUAAUGAGGAACUGUGAUGGUGUGCGUCCCAGUACAUAGUGGCUAUGUUCAACAGCGUCCUUCUGUUGUUGUCUUAGACUAAUAUGCCAG